AUGGCUUCAUAUUACUCCGGUUAUUUGGGUUGCGAAGAGCCACACUUUCUAGAAUCCUGCUCUCUCUGCCGUAAACCACUCGGUCUCAACACCGAUAUCUUCAUGUACAGAGGGGACAAGGCGUUUUGUAGCAAAGAGUGUAGAGAAGAACAGAUUGAGUCCGAUGAAGCGAAAGAGAAAAGCUGGAAAAUUUCCGCGAGAUCGCUCCGGAAAAAAUCAUCAGAAGCAGGGAAAGAUUCCGCCGCCGGAAAAGCCGUACGGACGGGAACUCUGGUGGUGGCAUGA